CAUGUAUUACGUAUUGUGUGCGUGUGGUAUCGGCCACGGAACUGAAGUUUAGUCCGCGCCUCGGGAUUCGACACGGCUCCUGGGUGUACGAGUCAGCAGUAGAACAACGCACGGAGAAAUCGUUUCGUUGAAUUCAAAAGAAUCAAAAGAAAAAAAGAAAAGGAAGAACAAAAAGACGAUAUACAAAAGUUGGUUCAAAUAGUGACUUCUUUCGGAUACUGUAUUGGAGUAAUCUUUUUUUCCUUUGCGAUGCUUUCAUUGUCGUUCACCGUGUCGAUUCUCGACGUCGAUCGCUCGUAGAUCGUGUCGCUGCGUUCGAAGGUGCGAGGAAACACGGAGUGACCACACGGAAGGAGUGAACUUAUCUUAUUUGGUGAAAUUUCGAGGGAAACAUACGAUUAAAAAGAGAUAGACAGUGCAACCGCGAGACUGAGAAUAACAGAUAGAAAGGCGACAGAGAAGGAGGCAGAAAGAGAAAGAGAGAUAGAGAGAAAAACGGAAGAGAGUUACAUUAAACGUUGCGUACUAUGUGGGACGUCGCGUCGAGUGACAUUCUAGCCUGGAGACAAAAUGGGGCCCGUUGAUCGGGCCCGGAAGAUCUCAGGGGUCCGAUUAUCAACGGAGGUAUGGAUGUCAUCGGGGACGGGGACGAGCAAACCCUCCAGGCGAUUCUCGGUCGGGGCGAUUUCGUCGGAGGCAUAGACAAUGAGGCCCUGGACUUCUCGCAGUUGGAAGAUUUCAUCAACAGCGACAGCGAACAACCCGCCACAUAUUUCGCUGAUACAUUGGCGCAUAAUGAGAACGGGGGUGGAACGACGACGCACGGUGGUCGUGUGGAGGCGGCAACCACUCAACAACCACCGUCUCGAUUACCAUCGCCGAUUACCCAAAGUCAUCCGGCCUCGAGUACGUGCACAUCCGGUACCACCACUGUACCAAAUGGCGCCGCUUACAAGGAUCCGCAAUCGUACGUUCACCCACAUGCUUUGCCAGAAAGCCCACCGGAUAGCGGCAGCGAACCACCGUAUUCUCCGCCAGGUCACAACGAUACACAACAUGUACAUUCACCGCAUCAAAAGGUAGCUCUUCAGGAGAUGCUUCUUCAUCACCAAGGCAAUCAGGCAAAUUAUGCACCAAAUUUACUACCGUCCUCUCCGAGGACUUUAACAUCCUCCACGGAUUCGAUGCUGCUAACUCAUACAGUGCUGACGUCUCAUCUCGGCCCAGGAACGCCGAAUAUCCAGUCGCAACAGCCAAUAGGUCAGACUUUAGUACCUCUGCCACACGAGCACAGCCCUGGUAACAUGAACACGUUGUACUCGUCGUUACAAUCGGCACCCAAGAAGAGAAAAUUGAGCCAGGAUGGUCUUGUUCAUGUGAAGCAGGUGCAACGAGAACCUGAAUUGGGUACCGUGGAGCACAGUUGCAGUAGCAGCAGUGCGGUUCUCGAUGGCGACGAAGUGGCAGACAAUAACUAUAUAGAUGCCAGCUAUCAGUGCAUCCGAUUUCAUCCCUUUCAGCAAACUUCCUGGCACGUUCUAUGCGAUCAUAAUCUGAAGGAACUUCCAGUGCCUCAUUACCGAGUAGACGCGGACAAGGGAUUUAAUUUCAGCAAUUCCGAUGACGCGUUUGUGUGCCAGAAGAAAAAUCACUUUCAGAUUACUUGUCACGCUCAGCUCCAAGGUGGAGCUAUAUUCGUUCGAACCGGUGAAGGUUUGAAGAAGAUAAGCAGUUUUCAGCUACACUUUUACGGCGUCAAAGUCGAGUCUCCGACGCAGACUAUCAGAGUGGAGCAAAGUCAAAGCGACAGGAGCAAGAAACCGUUCCAUCCAGUGACGGUGGAACUAGGCGGCGAGCAUGUUACAAAAGUAACCGUUGGCCGUCUUCACUUCAGCGAGACGACCAGCAACAAUAUGCGAAAGAAAGGGAAACCGAAUCCGGAUCAAAGAUAUUUUCAUUUAGUUGUUGGCCUGCACGCACACACCGCUGACCAAGCCAGCUAUCAGGUGGUAGCUCAUGCGUCCGAAAGAAUAAUCGUCAGGGCAAGUAAUCCCGGCCAAUUCGAGUCGGAAGGCAGUGGCGUUGGCGCUGAAGGUGGUUGGCAAAGAGGAGCAGCACCGGAUAGCGUUUACCAUGCCGGCCGAGUUGGAAUUAACACGGAUAGGCCUGACGAAGCUUUGGUUGUCCAUGGCAAUAUGAAAGUGACUGGCCAUAUUGUCCAACCCAGUGAUGCACGGGCGAAACAAAACGUCCAGGAAGUGGACACGCGUGAACAAUUGCGAAACGUGCAACAGUUGAGAGUGGUUCGUUAUAGAUACGCGCCAGAAUUUGCACAGCAUUCUGGUUUGGGUAUCAAACAGCAAGAAGAUACGGGUGUCAUAGCGCAGGAAGUGCAGCAGAUACUACCAGAAGCUGUGCUGCCGGCUGGAGACAUUGUCCUUCCUAAUGGCCAGAGGAUCGAAAACUUUCUAAUGGUGAACAAGGAGAGGAUAUUCAUGGAGAAUGUUGGUGCUGUGAAAGAACUGUGUAAAGUAACGGAUAGCUUGGAAACUCGCAUAGAUCAACUGGAGCGAAUAAACAAGCGGCUGGCGAAGCUGAAGAGGGGCGACAGUCUGAAAAGUUCGAUUAGUACAAUCUCUAGUAUAUCAAGUAACAAAUACUCAUCCUCUAUCAAUAGUAAAACUACCGUACAAGGUAAAGGAAAGAAGAGCGAGCGGGAGGACGAACUUCUGUGCAGUAAUAAGUUCAUCCAGAUUAUCAUUGUUAUACUUAUCCUUAUUAUGGCGUUUUGCUUAGUAGCAAUGGCGACGUUAUACUUCUUAGAAUACCAGAAACGUAGCAGCCUCGAGUGGACCGCGGUAGCUAGCAAUGGAAUGUUGGCUAUAAGACCAGUUCAUGCGUCGACAGCGUCGAGUACGCCUAAUUACGAUCCUCGGUACAAUUCGUUGUUAGAUAGUACAUUGUCGUCUUCGUAUACCAAGCACGGAUCCCAUAGUAGAGGCUUGGACAGUAGUUUGUCUGUGAAAACCAACGCGUUCUCCACGCAGGCGCCUCAUACGAAACAACAGCUUUACUCUCAAGAAAUUACUUGGUAUCCUAUUAGUCAUUCUGGGCCGCAACCAAAACUUGAGAAAAAUAGCGAAUUUCCUGGAAACUGGUUGGGUAGACAUGGCGCCGGUGCUAUUCCCAGUAACGUGGAUGAAAACGAUCAAGGAUCGGAAGUGGACUCGUCUUUGAACAAAGGUCCAAUUCCACUAGGUAGACCGUCGAAUUGUCCCAGACACUUUAGCGAGUUUGAAAAUCCCUGUCAGAUAUUCUGUUGUACAGCCAAGAUUCAUCAGUUCGAGGAUCCUCAACCUGAUCAUCCUCCGGAGAAGAAAUCAAUCUCAGAUCACAUAGAACAGCCAUUGAACGUGUACGAGGAGAAACGUAAAAUAAGCAAAAGUUUCCAGAAUGGUAUCAGUCCGUCUGAUCCAAGCACGCAGACACUUGUAAAAGAAAACAAUUACAAAUAUCUGCAUAAAAGAACAAGGAGAGAAACCGGUAGUGGAGAUUGGGCGGAAGUUGCCAGCAACGCUGCUGGAUCGUUACCACCGGAACCAAAGCCACAGUUGUGGAUAGUGGCAGAAAGCUUUAAUACUUCGCUCGAUCAAAAGUAUUGUUCCGCGUCCUCGCAGGAUACGCCGAAUAAUAUAUCUUGCAUCAUUCCUUUGUCCAAAUAUAUGCCAGACGUUCAACUCACGUUACAUUUUAUUGGGAUGCCUUGGUACGGUCAAGUAGUGCAACAGUGCUCCUCGCCAACAAGUCCUGGCGUCGAUGAGUCUCUAAUUUGUGGCCGGAAAUACACGAUGCAACAGCAGGCUCAGCUGAAGAUCGACAUUGAAAGUAACAAUCAACGGGGAGAUCAAUCCUUCCCCCUCGAUGUUGCUCAUUAUCUCAGGAGAACGUUGAGGUUUCGUGUACCUACUGUACAGCCGCAAGAGAAUAUCUGCAAGAAUAAACACGGUGUCGAUUACUCGGAGUACACGUUGCACUUUUAUCGAGAUUGCGACGAGUGAUUACUUUCUUAACGGAAAAAAAUUCUAUCCGUUGAACAUCUAUGCAGCCAGGACCUUCUUGUGCCUUCGUGACAUAUUCCGUCUCCAUUUUGUCCAACUAUGAAAUUAUAUACAAUGUGUUUGGUAAUAUAUCUAUAAUAUACAUAUCGUCAAAUGAAUCUGUAACUGUAUUUUAUAUGUUAUUACGAUAUACUAUGUAGGAUGAAGACUAUGAUGAUCAAUAGGAACGGAUAGAUCUUACAAACUCAAGCUAGAUGUAACGUAGUAGAACUUAGAAUUCCCAUUUCAUCAGUUAGGAAAUUAUACGUGCUCCUUUGCGUUAAAGACAUUGAGAGUAUAAAGAAUUCAUUAGUUGAUGGGUGGUUAUUUAAAGAUUUUAUUAUUUUUCUUGUUGUAGAAAACAUGAAAAGCGGUAGCGAAAAUAACGUUAUUAAGUGUAAAAUAUUGUACAAAAUGAAUUAAAUUUAACGUUAAAGAUGCAAUUUUUCAACUUGUAUCAAUACAUAUAUACCUAUUAUCUCUUUUUUAAAUCAGAAUAAUUUCAAAAUCACACCCAUCAACUACAAUCAAGGAUCGUAACGUAUCGUUCCAAUCAUUUUUACGUUAUUUAUACUCAUGUACAGAAUAUUAUCAAUAUUAUUACUAUUAUUAUUAAUAUUAUUAUUACUACUACUAUUAUUAUUAUCGAAGGAAUAUUCGCACUACAUUAAGAGAAAGAAUCUAACGAUCGAUGUUCCAGUCAAAUCAUAUCUUUGGUUUAAUUUAUCGAUUAUAUUCUAUGUACAGCCUAUAUAUUUUCAUUCAUUGCCGAUCUACGUAUUCACUAUCUAAAGACGAAACGCAUCACGUAGAAAAAUAACAAACGAUAUAUUCUCUAAAAAGUAAAAUGGACUUUAUAAUGGGACAGAAACUAGGAAGACUUUCAGUUAAACGUGAAUAAUUUAUCAAAAAUGUCUAUUUAUUAAAAGUGUACAAAGCAAUAUCGGUCACUCUUUAUUAACUUUCUGCUUAAGAUCUUGAUGUUGCACGAUCUUAAAUUUCAUUUGGAUACGAUAAACAUUCGCGAGGCGCGUUAUCAUAGAAUUUCAAGUUCCUAAAAAAGGUAUUUGUAUGAUAAUUGUCCAUUUCGUAUGGUAGAAUUAGUUGCAUACACUUUAUUAGCACCUACUCUCUAAGCAAUCUUUAUUCGUUGCAUGCGAGUAGAUCGCCGCUAUUCACAUCGAAUCAUUAUUAUUGAUAUCACUAUUAUUGUUGCUAAUUACAAUACCUAAUAAGACUACUAUCAUCGUUACGUAUCUGUAAUUAAAUUCAAGUUAUAUCUUUGCAUUCACGAGAUUCCAAGUGCUAUCCUAUAAUUAGUUACUUUACUUUUAAACAUCUUAAAACAAGAGGAAGGAAUAAUUAUCUAUUAACAUGCAGGAUGUUAAAAGACGUUGCAGUGAAAUCUUAAAGGCAUCGAAACAAGCAAAACAUCUUAAUAAGCAAAUAGCUGCAAAAAUACAAAGUUUCAAAGUUGUACCAUUUUUUAAACUACUAUUUUAUUAGGUUUUAUCUCCUAACAUAAUAGCAGAGUUUUAUUGGCACUCUACGUUUGUAAAACUACAACGAUAUCCUUCUAUUUACCAUUGCCGAGUGACAUCACAUGUUUGUCUACAAUUAUGUAAUACUAAUUGUACUAGCUUAUUUUAUUUGAUUUUGUAAUAAGCGAACAGUCGUAACAGCUCGCUUCAGAUGCUUUAAACAUUGACCUAGUUAAGUCUGUUACUCCAUCAGAGUAACAUUCGUAGCUAAAACUAUUUUCCGACGAUCAAGUGAAUAAUUUUGUGCUCGAUUUUAUUAAGAUAUUUUUAUUUCUUUCGAUAACUUUUGAUCAAGUGUAUGUUGCAUACUCGACUGCUACAUUUUUUAGUAAUUUGCAUGUAUACACUACUGGCCAGAAAUUUCAAUCCAGUUGUACCUAUUACAUCAAACCUCUUGUCGACACUGUUGUUAAUUCGAAGUGAUUCGAAUUAAAUAGAUUGACUAAGAACAUUGAUUAAACCUCUUGAGAACCUCGACUGAAGAAUUUUCUAAAACAAGUUGAUAUAUCGUUGAACACAUACGUUCAACCAGAUCGUGCAAAGAUUCCAAGCUUUCGGCCAGUUGUGUACGUACAAAUUAACACAUCGUCGUUGUAAUACGAUUAAUAGAAUUUAUCGUAAUUUCAUUUGUAUUUCUCUUAGACAAAAUCCAAUUUUUUUGACGCGUUAUUCCACUCUUCUAAUUUUGUAUUUAUCUCUCGUGUAUAUGCGAUCGAAACGCGCCACUUCUGCCGUCCAUACGUUUUCCUUACGCGGAGACAUUUUAUUGUAUGUUUUAAGCGAAUAUUGACAAAUAUCCACGUAUAUAAUAUAUACAUAUAUACAUAUAUAUAUAUAUAUAUUUUUACAGAGAAUGUAAGCUCACACGCACGAGCUUACGUUUAGCGCGUAUCAAUUUUUCAUGUACGUGGAUCGUGUAAAAAGAAGACGACGCUGUUGUACAGUAAUUAUACGUAAUGAUACGCGUGAUAACAAUAAUUAUACGUAUAAACGCAGAUAUACACGCAACGUAUAACACACACUGAAACAUUAGAAAUGUUCGUUAGAAAGUAAAGUAGAUAUAGUCAUGUAAGAAAAUUCGAUCGUUCAAUUCGAAUUAAUUCGACGAUAGUUCCCAUAGUAUUAUCUCAUUCUCGAUACUUUAUUUCAUCUGCAAUUUCAUCUUCUGAUUUCUUUUUAUUUAUAUAUACUUUUCUGGUUCGAUGAAAUGAUUACAAACAUGUGAAAAGAUUCGUCAAGAAUAACAAAAGAUGAAUCGUAUUUCGACUAUUAAUAUUAUAUUGCCUAAUAUAUAUAUAUAUAUAUAAUAUAUAUUUAAUAUAAAUAUGCGUGUGCAUAUGAUAUCACAGUAAUAUUAAUAUUCCGUGUAUAAUUGUUCGUAAAUGUUCAUUUUAUACAAAAUCUACUGAAAAAAGAAGAAAAAAAGACGAGUAGGUCUUGUAUAAGGAACGAAUGAGAGAGAAUAUUUGAUGUAUUAUUUCCUUGGAGGAUUCUACGAACAAUCGACAUUUGUAUAUUUUUCAUUUAUCAUUUGUAACGCUUUAUUGUUGCUUUUACGUUCGUUAUCGUUUAUUGUAUCGCUAUAAUGUAACAGAACUUGUUAUUGUUUUAUAUUUCGAUGUAUUAUACCGACAGGUAUCUGAAAGAAACAAAAAAGAAACGAAAGGGAAGAGAAGGAUCUACGUAUACAAAUUUUAGUUCAUUUUUCAUGACUCCGCAGGAGGAUUGAUUUUUUUCUUUUUGUUUAUUUUUUCUAACUGAAACGAAAAUAGACAAAGUGAUCGCAGAAGUGUCAUAGUGUUGCAAGCAAAGCAAAAAUUUCGAAAUAAAAUAGAACGUCUAUAACGAUAAGUACAUAUUUCGUAAAGAAAGAAUUUCUCUUUUAAUAUAAGUAGCAUAAUCUCGUAAGCCCUAAGUAAUUGUCAGUAGGAUUUGUACAUAUAGUUUGUAGCGUAUAGCGAUGGUACGCGUACUACUUGCGGUAAAAGAACGUUCUGAAAGACGUUCGUCUUCGAGCGAAUUAGAGAUCGUAAUAUGUAAUUAUACGUAAUUGUAAUGCUGUCGAUGGAAAAAGACGAAUUACACGGAGACAUGUAAUUUUCCAGUGAUAUUGUACGCGUCGUAUCAUCCGAUCGUCGAUGUUUUGCGAAACAAACGCGGGGAAGAUCGGUCGUUUAUUGAAACUUGACGAAAAAUUCGGUAUACAAGUUAAUUGAUAAGUUAAUUUACAAUAUUUAAAUAUUUAAAUAUAUUGGUAUCUAUAUUUAUGGAAAUUACCUGGUAAAAUCGAAUCUACGCUAAACUGGAUAUUAAUUUUAGAAUCUCUUCUUCGACGAAUUUUUAACGAUGGCGAAAGGUUUCUUUGCUGAACGCUUUUGUUUUAUUUAUUUCUUUUCGGUGAUCUCUGAAAAUGGCGAAAGCAUAGUUGUUAAAACUCGAGAUAUCGAGUGAAAUUAAUCCUAAUUAUAAUUAAUGUGCAAUUUGAACGAGGUAUAUUAAAAAAGAAGAA